CCACGAUCCAUCCUUCAUCGCUGCCGCUAGCCGCUAUUGGUAUCAUCACUCGCUCGUAAUCGAUAGCACAAAUCUCCAUCGUCUCGCGAAAAAUCAAACGCCGGACGCGUAGAGGAUUUCAUUUAUAGCCUCGAGCAUACCCUACGUCACACUAGCUCAGUUAUAAGGGAAAGGGGCGAACUUGUUCAUAUAUCCAUAUCCUUAUUCGUCACAUCUCGGAUCUCGAAGCCUUUCGACCAGGACCUUGAUACCAGGCUCAGAAUAACCGGACAUCGAAGGCCACCCAAGUUCAUCACUCGAUCUCAGUUGAGAACGGCCGGAAAGGCGCACCCGAUCGAUUCCCGGAUCCUUAUCUACUGCACUCUCGACUCUUCUACUUCGCGUCCCUCGAUCCCUCGAGCACAUCGCUUGAAAGGACCGCAAACAUGUCGAGCACUGCCAUGACGCCUGCAACAUCGUCCACUACGACGAGCGCCCCCGAACCUUCGUGGACGAACCGAAGCGGAGGAGGGUUCGGCGCGACAGGGCCGUCGAGUUUUUAUCGCAAUCUCUUUUACAUCCUUGUCGGGCUGCUCGGAUUCUUCAUCCUCAUUUCGGCCUUCUCAUGGUGGAGAGGUCGGAAACGAAGACAGGCUACCAUCGCCGAGGCUCGCCGACUAGGUCUCCUCAUCCCAGGGAUGCCCGGCUACGCAGCAGAAAGAGAGCGGCUGAUCCUCUCUUUCCGCGGCAUAGCGAGUACGACCGAGAAUCCAGAAAUCUGGGAUUCUUUGGGUGAACAGAGGGGGAUGGUCGCGGAUCUCAAGGGAGGAGCUGGGUGGGGAGUAGGAAGGUAUGAGCCGGGGCAUGGGGAGAAGCAGAGUUUGUGGGAUGAGAAGUUGCACCCACUGGCCAUCACACCCCUUACACACAAGGGCGAUGGACCUAUCCCGGUCUCCCCGAUGAAAUGGUUUCCCAACUCUGUGGCCUUUCGGGCACCAGGUCCAAAAAAGGAUCCAUCGGCCAUUUUACAGGAGUGGGAGACUGAAGCAGCAGCAGCAGCGGGUCAAGGGCAGAACGCUUACCCACCCGCAAUGACGAUGACGGGCCGGACGAGGGGGUCAAAUUCGUUAUCCGUGCCCACGGCCAACUCGGCGGGAGAUGUCCCAUCGUCCGUGUCGCCCCAGGUCCAGGUGGCCGUGCUCAUCCGGAUGCCUAUCCCUGAUACGUCCAAAGUUGGCCGGACGGAUCGAACGACAGAAGAAGAGGAAGAGACGGCCGUACAAGAGGAAUGGGAAGGUGUGGAGAUGGGUCUGUGCAACGCGCACGUGGACUUGCAAUCGAGUUCGAACGGAGUACGGUGAUUGCGCGUGAUGUGUAUCCAUGGACUGGGUUGUGCUUUGUGAGAACCGAGGACUGUUUUGUAGGCUCGUAACCAAGUCUGAAACCUAGUUGUAGAUACGAAACGAAUCCUUGUCGUCGGGAAUGAAAGUGGAG